GAUGACCGAAACGAAGAACUAUAGCAGCUGUUCUUUUUCCGUUGAUCGCGGUCGCAGCCUAUCUGCAUCUCAGGUUCACACUCAUGCUGUCUCCCUUGCUCAGCUGUUUGAACCAGAGCAAUGUCUAGACAAAUAUACUGCGAUUUUUAUAAAUUUUCAAAAGCUCAUUACUAUACAGUCUAUACUUGAUUAAAAGCCAUGCUCAUUUCCCGAGUUAAUUCACCUUUUUUAUUUUUAUUUUUUAGUUUUUGAUGACAAACAAGUUUCUCCUACUUCACAUAUGAAGCUACUUGGAUUCUUUCAAAGCUAACUUUGGUCUGAUCCAGUUUUCAGAUAGUGACUUCUUUCCAUGCUUGGAUCUUUCCCAUCUCGUAGCCUUAGAUUCGUUAAACUUUCUUCUUUACUCAAUCUUUGUUUGAGAUUCAGAUUUGCUUGUCUGGCUUAGUUUAGUUUAGUUCAGUUCAGUUUGCUUUGUUCAAGAACAUUUAUUAGAGAGAGAGAGAAAUGGCGGUAGCUGCAGCUCGGUCUGGGCGCCAAGCAAAACGACCGUACUGGGGAUUCUGUAUAAAAAUGGCAGCAGUGGCCAUUUUGGGUCUCUGCUUUAUAUUUAUAUGGACUGUGUUUUCAUCUUCGAACUCAGUGACGACUCGGAUAGAGAGCUUUGACAACAUAGAGCAGCCUCCUGGAUCAAGGAGCCAAAGGGUGAGCAGCUCUGGGGAUAAGAAGGUAAAUGGGUCUCAAGCUUUAGGUGGUCAUAAAUCUGAGGAGAAGAAGCAGAAGAAAGAAGUAGCGGAUACGAAAAAGGAGGGAGUUAAGAAGAAGGUUCCAGAGAAAAGUAAGGAUUCAGAGAAGGAGAAGGAGAAGAAGGAAGAUGAGGAUGAAGAAGCAGAAGUGGUGGAUGGGAGUUUGAAGGAGGAAGGUUUGGAUGGUGAAGGUGAAGGAAAUGUUAAUGAAGAAGGAGAGGUUGAUUUGAUUGAGGGGGUGGAUGUGGAAUCUGAGGAGAAGUUGGAAGAUGAUGGCGGAGAAUCAGAGAAGAAAGGAAAGAAGAGAGAUAAGGUUAAGGGUCCAGUGUUUGAUCCGAAAGCAAAUUAUCACUGGAAAUCUUGUAGUGUUAGGAGCAAGCAUAAUUACAUUCCUUGUAUUGAUAUUGAAGUUGGCUCCGGAAGGGUGCAGCAAUAUAGGCACACAGAGAGGAGUUGUCCGCGAGCGCCACCAAUGUGUCUUGUGCCUCUUCCCCCUGAUGGGUAUGACCCUCCGGUGCAUUGGCCUGAGAGUAAGGAGAAGAUAUUGUAUAAGAAUGUGGAGCAUCCAAAGCUUGCUGCAUUUAUUAAGGAACAUACUUGGGUGAUGGAGUCUGGAGAGUAUCUUACUUUUCCUCAAAACCAGUCUGAGAUUAAGGGCGGGGUUCUUCACUAUCUGGAGUCCAUUGAAGAGAUGGUACCAGAUCUCGAAUGGGGAAAGAAUAUCCGUGUAGUGCUGGAUAUCGGAUGUACUGAUUCUGCUUUUGGGGCUUCUCUCCUUGAUAAGGAUGUAUUAACAUUAUCAUUGGGGUUGAAAGAUGACCUAGUUGACUUGGCCCAAGUUUCACUCGAGCGUGGUUUUCCUACUGUAGUUAGCCCGUUCGGAAAUAGAAGGCUUGCUUUCCCUAGUGGUGUUUUUGAUGUUAUUCACUGUGGCGGAUGCACUGUGCCUUGGCAUUCAAAUGGUGGUAAGCAUCUUCUAGAGAUGAAUAGGAUUUUGAGGCCUGGGGGAUACUUUAUCUUGUCAACUAAACAUGACAGCUUUGAAGCUGAAGAAGCCAUGAAUACGUUGAUGGUAUCUAUCUGUUGGAAUAUUUUAGCUCAUAAAACUGAUGAAAUCAGUGACGUGGGUGUAAAAAUAUAUAAGAAGCCCGACUCAAAUGACUUAUAUACGAUGAGGAGGAAGAAACAUUGGAUACCUUUAUGCAAGGAAAAUGAUAAUCCAGAUGCAGCCUGGUAUGUCCCCGUGAAGACUUGCUUGCACACCAUUCCAUCUGGUAUUGAAGAGCGUGGAUCAGAGUGGCCGGAGGAAUGGCCGAACAGGCUCGAAAAGUACCCGGACUGGUUGAAGGAUAAAGAUAGGUUGAUUGCAGACACCAAGCACUGGAAAGAUAUUGUUGACAAAUCCUAUCUUAUUGGACUUGGUAUUGACUGGUCAAGAAUUCGAAAUGUAAUGGACAUGAAAGCCAUCUAUGGAGGAUUUGCUGCAGCCCUCUUGCAACAAAAGGUUUGGGUGAUGAAUGUGGUCCCUAUCCAUGCACCUGAUACGCUUCCUUUCAUUUUCGAGCGUGGACUUGUAGGAACCUACCAUGACUGGUGUGAGUCUUUCGGUACUUAUCCAAGAUCAUAUGAUCUUUUGCAUGCUGAUCAUCUGUUUUCACGGCUCAAGAACAGGUGUAAGCAGCCUGCAUCAAUUGUUGUUGAAAUGGAUCGUAUUUUACGGCCAGGAGGUUGGGCCAUCAUACGUGACAAAGUUGAGAUUCUGGAUCCGUUGGAGGGAAUACUGAAGAGUUUGCGUUGGGACAUAAGGAUGACUUAUGCUCAGCAAAAAGAAGGUAUCCUCUGUGCUCAGAAAACCACUUGGCGCCCUUGAGAUCGUAAUGCACUACCACAUCCCUGGAUGCAGAGGCCAAGUUUCAGAUAUCGGGACAGCCAUAUGGGCUGCACUUACAUAAUGUGACUUGCUAUAUUUUGAAGCCUGGAACCGAUACCACGCUUUCUGCUGAUGCUUCAUUUUUUCGAUCGAAAUACAUGAGAUCCAAUAUUCAUUUUCUUAACAAACACUUGAUGUAAAGGUUGAGGCUGAUGAGGGUGUGAAUGAGUGUUCAUUACCAGUAUAGGCAUUAUAUACAUUUUUGUACCCAUUUUAAGCUUCAGUGAUGGUUCCACCCCAUUUUUUGUAUAGGUUGUUCUUGUUCUAAUCUGAUGAAUGAUUUUAUUUCUUUUUGGUCUUCAAAGAUAUGUAUAUUGGGCUUCCAUUGAUCAUU